AACGUCUAUGACACGAUCAAGGCAGAGGGCGCCCUCCUCAACCGUUCCACCACCGCCUUAUCACAGCGUAUCAUCUACUUCACCACCCUCUUAUCGCGGUGUAGAUGGCUCGGAGCGCGAUCCCUUGAUCCCACCUUUGGGUAGUUCACACAGUAUAGAUGCCUUGAAAGAACCCAGGCGCUUAAGAGGUGACUCGUGCGCAACCUUCAUUAUCCUCACAAUUCUCGCAUUUAUGAUCGGUGGAUUCGUCGGCGCCUCGAUUCAAUACGCUACCUCUCAAAACAUUUAUGACCCCGCUGCACGAGACUACAUUCGGCGCCAAUGGGAGGCUGAGCGCCGAGGAUGGGAGAGGGAACGUCUCAGGGAGCGAGAGGAAGCGGCAAAGAGGCGUCACCAGAGGGAGGCCGAAGAGGAGAGGGAGCGGCAAAGGGAGCAAGUGGAGGCAGAAGAGAGGCAUCGCCAGAGGGAGGCCGAAGAGGAGAGGGAACGGCAACGGGAACAAGAGGCGGCGGCGGAGAGGCGUCAUCAAAGGGAGGCUGAACGCCGACGAUGGGAGAGGGAGCAAGAGGAGGCGGAAGAGAGGCGUCGCCAAUGGGAGGCCGAGGAGGAGGCGAGGCAGCGUGCUCAAAUUCAUUGGUUGGCAUUGGAGAGCUCGCAACAUUGCGAACGGUAUGGAACGAGAAAGUAUUGGGCGAAGAUGGGCCCCCUGGUUGGUGGCUAUGAUCCUAUGAAGGCGUGUUGGACUUCGGACAUUGAGAUUCAUGGUCGGAAGAUGAAGCCGACGUAUUGCGAGGAUAAGGGAGCGGAUCAUGGGGUAUAUGGUCAUUGGAUAGUCGACUUUGAUGAAGGCGGGUGUCGUCCUUGGUGGGAAGGAUUUACGGAUAAAGGAUGCACGGCUCCAGGAUCUGGUCUCCGGCGCUUUGACGCCCACCUGAUGAAUCUCGACUACGCGGACGGAUGGAACGUCAUGUGCUCCUCCACGCCAGCCGAUUUCAAUGGGUUGCAUUUCAAUGGCGCCAUGUCUUGCGUUAAUAGCUACUUGAGCGGUGUUUUUGGAAUCUGGGACAUUGUAGAUGGUGACUGUCUCUAGUUUGAUCGACAUGAAAUGACUUCUUGCUGUGUAGGGAAGAUGCUGGCUACCUCAUGAAGUUUAGGGACACUGUACAACACUAUCAAUUAUAUUUUUGUCCAUUGC